CUUAGUUACAUCAGUUGCUAUGCUAACAGGAGAAACCACGUACUUCAGUUAUUAGCCAUAUGAAUUCGGAAAGACGAAGUGUGAUAACGCAAUGUUCAUUACAGUAUCUAAUUCGCCACGUAAACUUGUUUCUUGUUUAUGAACUAGAACUGAAAUUACUCAGUACUCCAGCUUAAAAGAACACUUUUUUUUUUAACUCUGUGGAUAAUACUUUAGAAGUUUAAAUUUCAAAUCGUUGCCUGGAUCCAUUAAACUCUCUUUUUUCCCCCCCACUGGUUUAAAACUUUAACAUGGAGGAUGUGAAAAUAGUAGAUAAUUGUUGGGAGGACUCGAACUUAAGUCAAAAUGUGAAGAUCGAACGGAGCCUGAACUUUGCUGCUCUGAAUGCACAUGGGACCGAUGAUGACGAGUUUGGACUUUCACGAAAAAGAAGUGUUAGAGACCCAAUGUCACAUCGUAUUAUUGAGAAAAGACGAAGAGACAGAAUGAACAACUGUCUAGCUGAUUUAAGUCGGCUGAUACCCACAUCUUAUUUAAAAAAAGGUCGUGGAAGAAUAGAAAAAACAGAAAUUAUUGAGAUGGCCAUUAAACACCUGAAGCAUCUUCAAGCUCACACAUGCAAAGAUCCAGGAACCUGUGAAGUAGCCAAAACUGCUGAACAAGACAGAAGGCGACAGUACAGACUUGGAUUUCAAGAAUGCUUGUCUGAAAUUCUACGCUUCAUGGUAGAGAUAGAAGGACUAUAUGCAAGUGAUGGGCUGUGUGUCAAGAUUGUGAACCAUCUUCAACAACACUAUGACAAAAUUGCAGGAGGAAUGUGCUAUCAAAAUGUUGGAGUCAUAACCUCAGCUGAAGAUUCCAGAGGUUUUCCAAUGGAUGUGGAAUCUCAUACUUCUUUGGAAACUACAGAGUUGCCAUCUGCAACAAGCAUAGCCCAACACCAUGCAACUCCAACCUCCAUUGAACAAAAUUCCCCAGUACAGGAGUGUAGAACUGAACAAGAAAACUCCAAAAUAAAUGACACUCCUUUGGGGGUGACUAUUCCACCCUGUACAGGUCAACAAGCGGUGAACUGGAACCCCUCUACCUCACAAGUACAAGUUGAUAUGGAAACAGUACCUAUUUCUAAUAUUUCUGGUAUGAGUCAACUAAGAGAAAUGUUGCAAAAUCCAGGUCUUCCAGUGGAGCGCAUCCGCAACAGUACCAGUGCUUCAUCAAAAAAUAAUAGUUUUGUUAAUAUUCCCACUACUGAUUCCACAGCAGAACAUGUUUUUCCUAUGUUGACGCAUAAUAACUCGCACGAACUUCAUCGAGGAGAGGAGGUCUACAAGUUCAAAAAGAACAUAAAAGAGAGGUUUACAGCAGAUUUACAACAGCAUGCAUCUUCACCUGUUAGAGCUUCAGAUGGAGAAGAAAGGUGUCAAGACCUUUUAAGGUAUCGUUCCACUCUUGAAACAUCAAACACACUUUCAUCAACAGGUACAGCUAAUUCUUGCUCUAGUACUUGCCAGUCAACUCAAGGCAGUCUUGCAAGCCAGCUUUCAGUAAAAAUUCCUGAAAGAAAUACCACAGAAAAUGGUUCAUCUUCCAAUGUGACCUGGGAUAACAACAUUGACUCAAGCAGCAGCUGUGGAUCUAAUCCAAGUCCACCAUCUGUUGUCAGAUCUAAUGGUAGUAGUAGUAGUUCUGGAUAUAGCACUGGCAAUGAAAUGCCUUACAUUCCAAAAGCAAAAUGCAAUGAGCGACACACACCACCUUUUUAUCAGUCUCAAAGUGUUCCAGUUCAUUGUUCAAGUCCACAACCCUCACUACCAGCAGCUUCAAGCAUUCCUAUCUUUGCUCUGCAUCCAAAAGGUGCCUUCUAUGUUCCUCUUACUCUGGAUUCAGCAAUUCUGGCACCUUUCUUCAGUGGUUUAGAUGACUGCAUCCCUGUUUUGCAUCCUGUCAGCAUUUCUGUAAAUUUUAGUUAUGGUCAGCAGUUUAAGAUUAAAGAAAGGGCAGGUGGGGAUAUGUGGCAGCAACCGUCAGUAGGCUAUACGUAAGUGGGGAUAUGUGGCAGCAACCUUCAGUAGGCUAUACAUGCCUCUGAUGAUUUUAUGUUGGAAAGGUUGCAUACAGAUCAAGUUCCCCAGGGCACAUGUAAAUGAAGUGGCAUAAUUAAUGUAGGAUGAUUGAUUAUGUUGUAUAUUAUACAUUUACUUUGAAUGAGAUGGACAGACUGAAAAAAAAAGAAGAAAAAAAGACAAAUUUUAUUUGCUUUAAUGCUGCUGCAACAGGGGAAGUAUAAAUGCAUUACAUGUGACUUUGUCUAUAUAUAUAUAUAUAUAAAACAGUUUUAUGUUUAUAUAAAUUUGUUAAAUAUGUACAAAUGUGGGUACAGGUUUCAUUUGUUUGCACAAGGUCUUGCCAGUAUGUGUUAAUCCCUAAUUUUAGGAGAGUUAAAAAUUAUAACCUUUUCCUAGGUUUACAGAAAAAUAAAAUAGUUUGAAGAUUUAUAGAAUUGAUAAGAGAAUAACACUUGCUUUGCUUAGAAGGGUUAAUAUGAUAUAAUUAUUGAUUACAGCGUAUCCUAGUGUGAAUUGAUGAGUAGUUACAUUCAAUAUCAUAAUUAAGUUUAGAUUUUGUAAAAGUUCUUUAUAUGUAAAUAAAUCUGUACUCAAAAGAACUCUGAUAAUUAAGGUCUGACCCCCCCCCCCAAAAAAAAUAAUGCUUUUUACAGUUUUUAGCACUACUAAAAUACACCUGAGAGGAUUUAAAUUUUUCACAUAAUGAAAGAUAUAAACAUGCAUUUCAAAACUUGAUUGAUUGAUAAAUAGAUAUUUGAAUGGAUGCAUAAGGUGACCAGAAUCGACUAAUUUAAGUUCCACUUAAUGUAAUUAACAAUAGGAUACAACAUACUUCAUUUUCAAAUGUUAUAUGUACAUAUCACAAACUUAUUUGUAAUAUCGGUGAAUUGACAAUAAAUACAUCAUUCAUGUAGAGGAUUUUAAUAAUUUAAAGUUGUACUUGGAAGAAAAAGUUUAUUUAUGAGAGUGAAUUACUGGUGUUGUAAACAAUUUAAACACAAUGAAUAAUAAAAUAUUUUUUUAUGAUUAAAAACUAAGUUAGUAACAAGUUUUAAAUACCUUUUUCUAAAGAGUGAAAAUAUGUUUUGCUGAAACAACUUCUUUAUAAUUUUAUUUGAAGAUGUUAAAAAAAAUACACCUUAAAGUUUCUGCUCAUUGCAUACCAUGUAAAAAUGUCUGGGUGUAUCCAAGUAAAAUCAUACUGGAUUGGCUUUUCAUAGAAUGUCUUAUAGUGCUGAGGUGCCAGACUUUUUUUUUUAUUGAACACUGAUUUCUUUAAAGUAUCUUUGAAUUAAUAAGUUGAAGUUACUGAGAUUUAUGAGUCCAAAUAACUAAACAAUGUAUGACUAGAAUCUAAAAAAAACAGUUUAAAUUACAAUAAAAUCAAGAAAGAAAUGUUUCUUUGAAAAUCCUUUGUUAUUUUGUUUCUCAAACUACAGUAAUUCAUUAUUAGGCUUAACAUGUGAGACAGGACUAGAAUAACGAAUUCAGAUUUUAUUCAUAAGUUUUUGUAAUUUUCAGAGCCUAAACAGUGUUGGUGUUAAAAGACCUUUGAAGUGUACCUGUUUUCCCAUUUCAUAUUAACACGUAUCUGUUACGUUUGCAUUCAGAUGCGUGUUUUGUUUAAAGAUUUCAUGAUUGUACAGUUAUAUAGAUUUAAACACUUUUUAACAGAUUCAUUGACUGGUGUAAAAUUUCUUGUAAAUUAACAAGGUUUAAUUUUAUUGAAA